AUGAAGUUUGCCUACUUGCUUCUUUCUUUCUUGGCAUCUGCCAGUGCUUUCACUGUCCUUCCACAGGCUCAGACGGCUCCCAAGUUGACCCCACUCUCCUUGAUGGCCCCAGACGAUGUCGAUUCUGUCUUGUCCAAGGCAGAAGACUGCUCCGAGGGUGAAUGCUCCGUCGACGAAGUCUCAGAGCUCCUCUCCAUCUUGAAGGGACAACAAAAGGAACUCUACAGCCGCGUCCAGACACUCAAGGAGACCAUUUACACACUCGAACACGUCAACGAAAAGGACGCACGUGAGGUCGAUGAGGUCCGAGAAACCGUUCGUGCCAUUUACCGCAUCUUCCAACUAGGAGACAAGGCCAGUGGCAAUGACUACCCCUCCUUGUCCAAGCCCACCGGAUGGUCUGGAGAAAUUGGAGAUGGACCCAAGACUGCCUAUGAUGCCCUCCCACCCAAGAAGUGGAAGGCAUCAAAGUAA